CGUGUUUGUGUUCUAUUUUGUGGUUCAAGAGUGCUCUAGUUUUUUUUAUAAUGACACGAUAAUGCUUCCACUUUUCUGUUAGAGGAAAAUCUCCACUAAUAUUUCGUGUAUUAGGGUCCCUACUUUCGGUUCCGUCCCGUCCGAAAAUCUUAUUGGAAUCUUACCGUAGAAAGGAACGAAAUAGGAUUAAUUCGCAAUGACUGCCGCUGCAAUUCAGUAUCUUAAAAGCCCCGAACUCGUGGUUAAAGUUCAGGAGUUUUUCGGCAUUGAAUAUCUGAAGCAGCAAAAAGAAAAAAUCGAUUCCGGUGAGCAGACUAACAACAGCAAUGGUCAUGGGAGCUGGCCAGACAAGAAAAAAGCUGCCAAUGGAACCGCGACGACAGUGACGAAUGAUAGAAAUGAUAAGAAUCUAGCGCAAGAUAGCAAUAAUGAUGAAAAGUAUCGAGUGAAUAACAAAUUUUGGUAUUACUUCUUCGUAAUUGGAACCGAGCUGGGAGAUGAGAUUUUCUACGCUACUUUUAUUCCUCUGUGGUUUUGGAAUGUGGAUAGCGCUGUUGGUCGACGUGUCGUCAUGGUUUGGUCAGCAAUAAUGUAUGUUGGUCAAACAUUGAAGGACAUAAUUCGAUGGCCAAGACCUAGUUAUCCCGUUAGUCGGUUGCAAAAGAAAUGGGCCCUAGAGUACGGGAUGCCAUCCACGCAUGCGAUGGUAUCCGUAGCAAUACCAUUCUCUGUUUUAAUAUAUACUUAUGAUAGGUAUAUUUAUUCACUGCCGUUCGGGUUGGCAUUCGCUUUGGUUUGGUGUGCGGUAAUCUGCUUUAGUCGAGUUUACUUGGGAAUGCAUACUGUGUUGGACAUAAUAGCCGGAUUAGUCUUAGUAGUACUACUGAUGAUACCAUUGAUUCCGAUCGUAGACACAUUAGAUUACAUUAUAGUUACUAGUCGAUGGUCGCCAAUUUUUGUGUUGACUGUUUCCAUUACGCUUAUAGUGUUCUAUCCAGAUUCGGGGAUUUGGACACCGACAAGAGGAGACACUACCCUUACGGUCAGUGUUUGUGCCGGAAUCGAAAUUGGCGCUUGGUUGCAUUACAUGCUUGGCGACUUUACGGCCCCGAUCAACCCGCCACCAUAUGAAAUCAUUUGGCCUUCAUAUGCUAUGCUGGGCAUGCUGCUGCUCCGAACAGUUCUCGGAUUAUGUUGCAUCGUGGCGACACGUGCUUUGGGAAAGUCGAUUUCAUACGCAUUUGUCUGUUUUCUACUGGGACGCGAUAAAAAUGAGCUACGCAGAUCGGAAAAUACUCUAGAAAACAAGAACAAAAUCAUUGUUGAAUUGUCGUACAAGUUUUUCACCUACGGAAUGAUUGGCUUUAACACACAAUAUCUCUUACCUACUGUGUUCAAACUGUUGCGUAUAGGUCGACCUGAUUUCUAUACAGAAAUUUGAUUUCACUGAGUACAGACGAAUAAAUCGUUAAACAUUCCAAACGCGACAAUGCUUCUGUUGACGUCUACAGUGAAUAUAGAUGGCCGAGGCAAGCACAUGUUAUUUUUUCUGAUAGAAUCGAAUGUAAACUUCUUAAAGUUCGUUAGUGAAGUAUCUCCACUUUUCCAGAAUUUCAAUUAGAAUUUUAUCAUCCAACGUGAAUUGUUGGUUUCCUUAGCAAAAGGAAUAAAUAUGGUACAACAAGCAACGAUUAACAUAUUUGGAUUAAUACUAGUGAAUACUUUUAAUACGAAUUAAAUUCAACAUC